AAUUAAAGCGCGCCUGAGUGGACCGUCAUCCUGUGCGAGCUUUUGCAGGACCCUCCGUCCUUCCUCGCUUGCACCAUCUGAACUGCACUAUAAUGUCCAUAGCCAAGUUCCAGGCGGAGUGGGAAGAACUCGAUGAGGAAUAUCAGCAAUUGCAAGAAACUCACAAACUAUACAGGCAGAAACUGGAAGAGCUGACCAACCUUCAGACGACAUGCAGCAACGCCAUCAGCAAACAGAGGAAAUGUCUCAAAGACCUUCGCGGCAGCUUGACCAAAUGUGCACGAGUCUGCGAUGAGAACCUGAUGCACGUCAUAACAGACAUCCAAACUCAAAUCAAAGAGAAAGAGAAUGUGUUCUUCGACAUGGAAGCCUAUUUACCAAAGAAAAAUGGGCUGUACCUGAACCUAGUACUGGGCAACGUGAACGUGACCCUUCUCAGCAACCAGGCCAAGUUCGCCUACAAGGACGAGUAUGAGAAGUUCAAGCUGUACAUGACCAUCAUCCUCAUGUUUGGCGCCAUCACCUGCCUCUUCUUCCUCAACUGUCGCGUGACGGAUGAAAUCUUCAACUUCUUGCUGGUGUGGUAUUAUUGCACAUUAACCAUAAGGGAAAGCAUCCUCAUGACCAAUGGCUCCAGGAUUAAAGGGUGGUGGGUCUCUCACCAUUAUGUGUCCACCUUCCUGUCCGGUGUGAUGCUCACCUGGCCAGAGGGACCCAUGUAUCAGAUGUUCCGAAGUCAGUUUCUUGCCUUCUCCAUCUAUCAGAGUUUUGUCCAGUUCCUCCAGUAUUACUAUCAAAGUGGCUGCCUGUACAGGCUGCGAGCUUUAGGGGAGAGAAAUCAGCUGGACCUCACAGUGGAGGGAUUCCAGUCCUGGAUGUGGAGAGGCCUUACGUUUCUUUUGCCAUUCCUCUUUUUUGGCCAUUUUUGGCAGCUGUAUAAUUCGGUAACCCUGUUUCGCUUGGCGGGACAUGAGGACUGCAAGGAGUGGCAGGUAUUUAUGCUGGCACUGACCUUUCUCGUCCUGUUCCUGGGAAACUUCCUCACAACGUUAAAGGUGGUCCACCAAAAAGUACAGAAGAACCAGGAAAAUGUGACAAAAAGUGACUGAAAGACUUGAUCAGAUUUGGGGUUUUUUUGGAGGACAAGGACCAAUCUUGCACAUCCAUCGAUGACUCUGGAGAAAGUGCAGUUCUCUUCUCUCAGGUGUUGGUAGCAGCAUCCGGCCGACUGUGCAAUGGUUUUUGUCCAUGCUGUUGCUGUCGUCCCUCAGAUGUCCACUUUGCUGCUGGAUCCUGUAUGAAAACAAAAUGGAAGGACUUUUAGUGCGUCAAUGUGCUAUUACAAUUAUAUGCAACGCAAAGAGGGUGUCAAGUCAACUGUACAUCAGCAGGUCUUUGCCUUUGACCACCUGAAAGUCUUGUCAUGCAGCUUCAUACUUCUGUGAAGUAGUUCCCAUGUCAUGUGUCUGUUUCACAAGUGUCUAGGUCUGACUCUAUUAGAAGUACUCCUCCGUAGAAUGCACAGGGCUCAGGCAGGGACCGUCCUCAAAUGUUCACCAUUAGUCACAUGCACAUGUAGUUUUAUCAUGGUAAGAGAUGAGCAUCAUGUCUAGUUGUAUUUUAUACAGUAGUCCUAAAAGGCAGAAACACUUGAAUUUGUUGAAAGGGACAUGUCCUAUCAUGUAAUGUCAUGUUGCACAAAUGUUUUAGGAUCGAAAUGCUACUUGUUGGCGUCAGUACUGUACUUCAACACUGUCAUGUAGAACGAACGGAGGGGAAAAAUGGGAUGAUUCCAAGCCACAAAUUAAAUAUUUGUAUUAACUUAAAAGGCAAACGUUUAAUUUCUGAAAUUUAACUGUCUUGCUGAUGAGGGAAUUCAUCCAUCCAUCCAUUUUCUAUAUCGCUUCUCCUCAUUAGGGUCGUGGGGGUAUGCUGGAGCCUAUCCCAGCUGACUUUGGGCAACAGGCAGGGUACACCCUGGACUGGUCGUGAGGGAAUUCAGAUAUUUAUAAUUAAAAAUAAAAAUUAAUCAUGUAAAUAUUAAAAAAAAAAACGUAAAUAUACAUACAUAAAAAAUGUAAAGUAUACUACUAAAUGCAACAGAAUUCCCAAUGGCUGUAAAUAGAAUUUAAAUGCCUCUGCACACCAUAGCGCUAAAUCAGGUUUAUAACACUAGUGGGCGCUGCUGCCCAAGAUUACUACUGUACUGCACUCCUCUUCGCUGGAAAACUAUAGGAAGUAGCACAAAUAGUUUCACCCAAAAUCGAUUCAUACACUGGCCAAAUUUUGAAUCAGUGAAUUUUUAUUUGUUAAAUUAUCUUUUAUCUUAAAGGGUCACAAUCUAUUUUAAUUAUUUUUGAAAAACUGAAAAAAAUUGCCAUACCGUUUCUUAAUACAAGCAUAUUUAAUGUACAAAUUUUAUAAUUCAAUAGAAUGCUCUUUGCUGCAAAAUAGUUUUUCCCCUCAAAAUUGUGUGAUAAAUUAAGGGAUCUUAAUCAGGUCUUAAAAUGAAGUAGCAAAUAUUCAUUACAACUUUUUUUCUCUCAAACUUCUAUUUGGCCACUUUUUUGUAAUUUUUAGGAGUUAAAAAAAAUAGACAUCCACCAAAUAAAAAUUAACUCAAUAUUUGGCCUUGUUUGUAUAAUAUAAAUCUGCUCAUAGCAAAAAAAAAAAUCCACUUUGUUUUUU